UUGCCGAAAGCUCUUCUAUUAAAUCUUCUAUGUUCUAAAAUAAAGUUCCUUUUCAUUUUAAAAGCUUUAUUUAAAUUGUGUUUGGCCUGCAUUCUCUUUCAAAUUUGUAGAGAAGUAGCUAAUGAGGUCAAACGGUAUUUUCCCAUCAAAAUUCUGUUCAGGUUUAUUUCUAUGUAUAGGAGACAAAAGUGCUACAAAGUCUUCUUCAAACACUUAACCAAUGAACUUGUUUUUUCAUAAGAUAUGGUUAAGAGUUUAUGGAAAAAAACUGAAAAUAGAUUAUGAACAUGCCAUAAGCUAUUUCUGAGUUCUCUAAACAUUUUCAGAAGUAUUUGUGCUAGCGGAUCAAAUGAGUCAAUCUAAACAAAUCUUAGUCUGAAAACCACUGGCAGGUAAAAAGCUAUAACUCUAGAUAAUUAUGUGCAAAUCAAGGUUAAGGUCAUAGGAAGUUUAUCCAUCACCUAACAUCAUAGGGCGAUUGCCAAGGUGUUAAACACUAAAAAGCCAAUAUUAUUUAUUUCUGCUAAGUGGUGAACACUGAAGACAAAUAUUACCAAUGCGAACAAACAUUGGAGGAUCUGAGGAAAUAUAUCAGGAAAUGGUAGAAGAUGAAGUUAAGGGCACUCAUAAAGUUCCUAUUGGACCAAUACACAAACCAAUAGCACAGAAGGCCAAAUCAGACAGUUUGGUCGUGAAGAAAGCACAUGUGGAGAUUCCUGCUCAUAUCAUAGCUGAAGCAAUAUCAACAAUCCGCGGUAUUGGCCUUAGAUGGUCAGGUCCAAUUACACCGAAAGAAAUGGAAUGUGUAAAACAAUAUGUCCUAGCAAAGUAUCCAGAAUAUGCAAAUCUCAUUGAAGGCGAUGGAAGUGGUACAGAUAUGUCCAGUUUUAUGAUCAAUGGGGAGCCUUUAAAAUUACCACUGUCAGAUGAUAGUAGAAAGUCAUUAAGACCAUCUUAUAAUUUUGGAAGCGACCCUCCUGAAAUGGAUAUGACACAGCUAGAGCCAUCAAGACUACUUGAUAUUCUCAAUAAAAAAUCAUCCUUUCCUGGAAGAUUCAUCUCGAUCCCGGAAAUUCAAGCUCAGAAUAAGGUUUUGAAGCAUUGUGGUUUGCCUGAUGCUGAGUAUUUGGUUCUGUUCACUCCAAGUUACAAAGAUACUAUGAUGUUGGUAGGGGAAAGUUACCCUUUUGUUAAAGGAAACUACUGCAUGACUAUACUUGGUGAACAAGAGGAUUAUAUUAAAGAAUUUGCUUUUUAUAAGAAGUCUAAGGUUAUCCCAGCACCAAAGACAUGGCUUGAUUUAAGGAUUAGAGGGUCUCAGCUAAGUCAAAAUUUUAGGAGAUGUAAGAUUAGUCCAAAAGGUUUAUUUGCUUAUGAAGCAGAUGUGAAUGGGAAAAUGCAUUGGAUUUCUGAGGCUCGUAGGAACUAUUGGCAUGUUUUGCUUGAUGCAUCUGCAAUGGUUGUGGGAAAGGAUAGGCUACAUGUUGGACUUCAUAGGCCUGAUUUCUUAGUUUGUUGUCUUGAUAACACAAAUUCCAAUCCUUCAAGAAUCACUUGUCUAUUGAUCAGAAAGAAAAGUUUUGACACCUUCCAAUUCUUCAUCUUAGUAGUUGACAAUGUUCAAUUGGUAUCAUGAAUUCUACAAAAAAGAAAAACUCUGAAUUUUCCAUGUGUACUUUGUUUUAGACUGAAUUUUCCUUGUGAUUUUGGAACGGUUUUUUGUGGCCCGACCAAUUUUCCAUAACAAUUAGUCUGUUUUGCAGUUUUAUAUUAA